UAGUUAAAGAAAGGGAGACUUCUUGGUUUGUUUAUAAAGAGCAUGGAUCGAUGUAUUUGCAUAUUCGAUUACGUAAAUAUCAUGCGAUAUACUUAAUUAAUUAUUUUUAUUCCGAAAUAACAAAGUCUUUCAUGUAGGACAACUUUUAAAGUUACUAAGCAUCUAUCGAGUUUCUCAUCCGACAAAACAACGAAAUUAUCAUAUUAUCCAGAAUGAAAAGUCAAGACUAAGCUUUUAAUUAAAAAGCAUAAAAAGAUAUGUAUCAUACAGCAAGAUGAUUGCUGUUGCAAUAAAUGUUUGUAACCCCCUGAAAGAAUUUUAACCCUUGGAUCUCUUUUCGUCCCUUCUGAUCAUGUGAAUUGCACUUUUCUUUUUCUCUUUCUGGAUGAUGAUUUAAUGUUUGUUUUGGACCUUGGUUUAAUCAUCAAUUGGGAAUAUGACAUACCAGUCAAGGAAAAAUUUGUUUCUAGUAUUUUAAAUAGUAUAUGUGUGUCAGCGUAUAAUAAUAUGAAAUAUGGGAACGUAAAAUUUGAAUGCAGAGAGACUGAUAUAAAGGACCAACCAAAGAUGAAUGUUUCAUGCUGCUUUUUGUGCGCUUAUUAUAGAAAAUGGAACAAAGAGUGUGACGACUGACGAACCAACUACACAACAGUACAACACCACCAACUCCUUGCAUGUCACUUCUGUGGUUCCGGAGUGUGCAAUGUGUAUAGGCCUUACUCAAAGUUGGCCUAUAAUUGAUUUACAAAAGCCCUAGUGCCCAUUCUGCUGAAUGCCUAAAGAGGACUCUAUGAAUUAGGAUUGAUCCUUUAGCAAACCAUAUCCACAUCAUAACUGGAUCUAUGAAAUUUUACAUAAGAUAAACUCGGACACUAGAAAAGACACCAACUUACAUUUUUGGUCCACAUUAUGAAGAUAUCCUUAUUUAUUUGUUAGCUGAUAAAACUGAAACUGAAUCCAAACAAAACAAAAACUUAAUCAAACUGUAUGGAACUAAUCUAUAUGAUUUUUUUUUGUCUUUUAUGAGAUUAGUAGUUGUUUUUAUACAAAACAGAAAGAACUCCAACUAAAACUGGAAUCAACACGUAUAAUAACGUAUGCACAGUCUCUUCAUAAUUACAACUGUAGAAAUUAGACAUUUUAGAUUUAAUUAACAGUUUUUUGUUUGUGCAUGCAUGACAGCGUAUAUUUAAAGGAAUCAUUUAAAUUUUUUAACUGUAUUGAAAAUGAACAGCUGCCAUAUCGUAAAAAAGAAUAUAGUAAUAUACAUAUUCAACAGAAUGGUUGUAUUACUACCUAAACGAAAAACAAACAAGUACAGUGAAUCCAGAAAAGUACGUGAAUGUGACGGUAGAUUUAGUAGGACAGGUGGUUCAGGUAUCCUAAGCUAGUAGUGAGCUGUAAAUGCAUGUUGAUUACAGUUUUACUAAUAUAAAUAAAAACUUAAUUUUAUUUAAACGUAAAAAAACAAAAACUUCAUUAGAAAAUAACGACAAAAAGACCAAACAGGAGUUCGAGUUCUCCACCGCCUGAAUUUCUUUCUGUAUCUUUUGCCAUUUCUCCUCGAGUCUAAUUAACCCGAACGCCCCGGAGCAAGGGAGGAAAUGGCCGGCCAAGUUGGGUAUGGAUCCGGGUCGGGUCAGAGAACCUACGUCGUUGACCGGAGGACAGAAAUCGUGAGCGGUAAAGGCUACGGCGUUGGAGGAAGUAAUCAGAUCUACGGGACUCAAGAUUUUCCUCCGUCUUUGCAGACUCCGCCGGGAGAAGUGGCGGCGCGUAGGAGCAAUGCAUCGUCGACGAGGCCGUCUUGGGGUGUAAACGAUGCGGAGAUGAAGAGGAAGAAGAGAAUCGCGAGGUAUAAAGCUUAUACUGUGGAAGGAAAAGUUAAAUCGACUUUCAAGAAUGGAUUCCGAUGGAUUAAGAAUAAGUGUUAUCAGAUUGUUCAUGGUUUUUGACUUUGCUUUGUAUUCAUUUUUUCUCGACUGAGUUUUUGUUGAAGGCUGUCUCUCCCUCCGUGCAUGCGGUGGUUGCCGGCUUUUUAAGAAUAUGAAUAGUUUUGCUCUGUUUUUGCGUUCUAUUGGGACUUUAAUUUGAUUUUACGGUAUAUGUUGUCACAUGCAUUAUGCAUUUCGAGUACUA